CAGCUGCUCGCCUCCAUGGUUGCUACAGACUCGUCUCCAGCGCCGAUGUGAAAACACUGAGGUUCCACCGGGUCCUGGACGCGAUGGUUACCGGUGUCUGUCCUCCGUGUCCCCGCCUCACUACGCGGAGACUGUGCAGAGCUGCGGACGAGAAGUGUGGCUGUUGUAGCGUCUCUUUUGUUGCCCCGUGUUUCUACUACUGCUGUUAGCGAGAGGUGUGAGUGUGUGUGUCUGUGUGAGUGUGAGUGUGUGUCUCCGGAAGAGACGAUGAGAGGAUCACACGCAGAGAAACACAAGUUUUCAGACUUAACGUGACGAUGUUUAGUGAAGCUGGUAAAAUGUCUGUGGAGGCGAGUGAUGUCCAGACUGAUGAGGACUGCGACGAGCUGGAUGGUUUUUCAUUCUCGGCUGAUAUUUUGGAAAAGAUAACAAGCAAGAAAAGAUCUUCUAGGAAGCCUCCUUCCCCAAGGUCUCCAUACCUCUCCAGCCUGAAUGUGAACCCCAGGAGAGCGGCCGUGGCAGCCUGGAGACUACCCAGGGCGUCCCUGGGAGACACCAGAGGGGAAGCUGCUGGGGAUAGUGGCUCGGCUCUUCUCACGUCCCUCAGCAACGGUCACGAUCUGUCUCCUACGCUGAGAUCGGUGUGCGACGUCACACCAGAGCUGCUCAAACAGACCCUGAGCCCGAGGAAACACAAACAUCUCCACUCCGCAUCCGUCGGCUUUACAGUCGGCCCAGGUGAACACAGAGAGAAGGAGGACAUGUACGAUGAGAUUAUCCGCCUCAAGAAGAGUCUCCAGGCGCAGAAGUCUGACAAUCAGCAAAUGAAAGCAAAACUACGCCGCCUGGAGGAAGAUAACGCUAAAAGAGAGAAGCAGAUAGAAGAACUGCUGGAUCCCACUAAAGGAUCUGAGUAUACUCGCAGUUUGGUGGAUAAGAAAAGAGAGGGCAGUGUGGUUCUCAACGGCCUGAAGCAGAGAAUUCUGAAGCUGGAGCAGCAGUGUAGAGAGAAAGAAAAUGCCCUGAGUAAACUGCAAAGUGACCUGAGGACCACCAACCUGGAGGAGCUGAAGAUCACGGUAGAAACCUACUUUGAAGAGAUCCAGAGACUCCGGACGCUUUUAGGAGCUGCAGAGAAAAGCAGUCGGGCGGAGAGUAAAUGUUCCCAGAGGCAGCAGAAGACUUUAACCUCCACGGUUCAUCGUCUGUCCGAGAACCUGAAGCAGCUCCAACAGGAGAACUCGACUCUCAGGGAGGAGCUCAACACUGACAGUCCUGCUGGAGGAGUCAAAGGUUACAGUGAGUGGAGUAAGCAGAGGCUGCUGCGCAGGUUGCUGGAACUGGAGAAGAGGCUGCACGACACCAGAGGCCACACCCAGCCGGCCAACAGCAGCAUCCGAUUGGAUCAGGAGGUCCAGGCCACGCCUGCUGAUAUUCCGGGGUUUACCAUGGCAACAGAGGCAGUGGUCUCCGUGGGAACGAUGACUGAAGAGGAGGAGGAGGAGUUUUCAGAUCUGAGAGAAAACCUCGGCCAAUUGGAGAAGGAGAAGUUUGAGCUUCAUGAGAGUCUGACAAGUAAAGAUGAUGAACUGACACAGAUGAAGACAGAAAGAGAAGAACUGGAGAAAGAAACAGAGCGAUGGAAGGAGGAACAAACACAUGAACGUGACAGAGAGAGACAGCAGCAUCAACAGGAGUUGGAGGAGUUGUUGGUUCGGAUCCGAACUCUGGAGUCGGCCUUAGCCAAGCUUUCCUCUCCCUCUGCCACAACAACAGUGGACCAUGAUGACGAUAAGGGCAGAUCGGGUCUGGAGGAAGGAGAAGCAACGGACGCCCGAGCUAGAGAGAUGGAAGGAGGUGGAGGUGAAGAGAAGAAAGGGGAAGAAAGAGAGACGGCAGCAAGCACCAUCCUAACAAACUUGAGGGAGCACAGGGAUAGGGACACUGUGAUGCUGCAGUCUGCAUUAAGAGCUCAUCUCGUCAGAGAGGCACAGCUCAAGAACCUGCUGAAAGAAAUACAGGACAAGACUGUGGAUGCAGCGAGCCGCAGCGAUGCAGCUUCCCCUGUGGGUGGAGACAUGGAUGUGGCUGCCUUGACGGUGCUGCAGUCUGCGUUCAGGGGUCACCUGACUCGCUGUACUCUCGCAGUAGAGAGCUCAGGGUUCUCUGUGCCUUCUCCAGUGGGAAACAGGUUGCCCACACUGGUCCCGAGAAGACCUCGAUCAAUACCUGGCAGAACAGGUGCCGCGUCCCGCCAUGACGAUGAAGCGAGGCCGGGUGAUGAAGAGGACUCACUGCUCGUCUCUAACAUUCACGCCUCCAGGACGACGCCCACCACAGAGCUCCACUUCACAGCCGAGUCUGGAGGAGCCGCUGCAGUCGACUCGGACGAUUCUGAUGAUAUCAUAGUGUCUCCGUCACGACCUCUGAGGAGCAGAGAAGUCUUAAUGUUAUAAAGUCUGUGUGUGUGUGUGUGUGUGUGUGAGAGAGAGAGAGAGAGAGCAAGUGUGUGUUGGCACUACUCCGAGCCUAAAUAUUCUGAACCUGCAGAUGAGCAGGAGACGGGGCAGUCUUUUCCUGGGCGGAGGUAUACUCACUCCUGAACACCGUUCCAGUUUGGAUCUGUCAAUGUCGUGAUUUAUCAAGACUCAAGAUCCAAGACUUUAUUGUCAUGUGCUCAACAAAGUCGCUGGCAAUGAGGUGCUUGAGGUCACAGGUUCCCAUUUGGGCCAGAUAUUCUUAGUGGUUGUUUGUUUUUGCCAAAGUGCCUACUGCAUGAACAUUCAAAUUCAAAUCUCAGUGGGACCUGGAUUCAUGUCUGUGAUCCUGACCCACCAGUCCGGGUGAGCCACAUCGCCUGUAACUCACACGUUCAAUAACUUACGAAUCCCACGUUGACGUGUCACACUUGCACCAAACCAAUGUCCUCACACUAAUCUGUCUUACAUGCUAAUGAAACUGUGCCUGAUUCUGAGGUAUGAUCGAGGGGAUGAUCGGCCAACUGAUGCACUAUUGAGCGAAACUGUGAAUAAAUUAUAGAUCAGCCUGCUGCAAUACUAAACUCACAGUGGAGGAUACACAGGGAGUUUGUAUAAUGCUCUGAUAACAUGUCAGCAGGUCAGCAGAGAGAGAGCGGGGGGGGGGGGGCAGUUUCUACAUGGUGUAUGUAACCUCAUUUUCUGACACAUUCAAUAAAAUG